CGGCAAAUAUACGGAAACAAACGAUAAGGAAGUAAACAUUCAAUGAUCAAUGAAACAGAAGUUACUUUGGUAAAUCUCGAUCAAGACUUUCACUGGCGUAAGGGAACUUAAGUCUCCACCUUUCAACGUACUCUUGUAUGUCCAAUUUAUUUAAGCUCCCCAAAAUAAUUUAUUAAAAAUUAGUGUAUGCUUCAAAAGUUGCGAAAAUUGUCGACCACAUGAUAUAUUUUCGAUAACGGCAACGGAUAACAACGGCACGGUAGUUAACCUCAUCUGAUAUAUAUUAUGCUAAUAACUAUACAUAGGACUACUACUAUUACUAGUGUAAUAAUAAUAAUAAAGAUUAUUUGAAAAGCACGCUUCAUCCCCAAAGGCUCGAAGCGCGGUACAUACCACAUUGAAUUGCAAAAUUCAACAUUACAAAAACUACAAAAGUGUAGUCUAGUGUAUAUUAAUAAUAGUAUAUAUACCACAAAUUCUUCAACAUCAUGACUCGGGAAUGGAAUUUUAUACUCGUAUUGGACAAUAUAAAAAAGGAAAUGAGCUAAACUAGUCAACGUAAAACAAAGUAUGGUCAUGGUCAUGGUCAACUGAAAAAAGGAAACAAUAAACGUGUGGGCAGGAAGCCUUCGUCACCAAAUAAGCAACAGAAAAAACAGAAUUAUUUAAAAAGAAAAAACAGAAUUAUUUAAAAAUAGCACUUAGCUGAGAAGUAAUAUCCGAGAGAGCAGCAAAAGAAUUUGCUGACGAAGGCUUCCUGAUUUCAGGCUCUCCCCUUAUUACCUUACUACAGUACAGACUACUGUAUUUGGUAUUUACUAUUAGUAUAUACCUAUUGCUAGGGACUUUGGUAUGGCCCAGAAAUAUCAGAAAAACGGGUAUCAUAAUUUCGUAGUCAAAAUUGCAACCUCCACUUUUUGAUUUACUGAGGGUAUCGUUUUGCUUUUUAGAAUCCAUUUUUAGCAUAAAAAUAAAUUCUACAUCUUCCAAUUACUUGAAGCGGAUAUCUUGCUUGUUGUUUCGAGAGUUCUUUUGAUUGUUUCUUUCAAGUUUAAAGCUUUGAAAAUUGAAGUUAAAAAUAGGUAAACUUCACUCAUCAAUAACUUUUUUUUUAAAAAUGCACUCCAUAAUAAAAAUACCCCACUCCUUUAGUUUAUAGGUUCAUUUAAAACGAUUUAAAAAUUCAUGAGUGUAGACCAUGGGUAGGCUUCAAAAACGAAAGUCCCAGAUGUCAUUUUUUAUAGGCUGUGUAAUUUGUCAUCACGGCCACCGUCCUUGUCCCCUUAUUUCCAAUUAUCAAUAGCAGCCGUGGGGUAAUUAUUAAUUCAUUAAAUUGGUUAUCCAGAUUAUAAAUGGGAAAUAUAACGAAUAAUAAAUCACUUUAUAUAAAUAAAAUAUGUUUUAUAACAUAAAUAAUUAUUAUUGGCUUAUGAAAUAUCAGUGGUUUUAAUUUUUGGGUUGGUUGCCAUAGACAAGGCUGACAUGAGAUUGAUAAGCACUUGUCUUUGACUUAGAUAGUCUUAGUAAAAGUAUUAUAAUAGUAAUUAUACUAUUAUAAAUGAUUUAAGGAGUGGGAUAAAUAGCUUUUAUUACAACUAAUAUAUUUAGUUUAUAUAUAGAUUAAUAUUUAUGUGUGUGUAUAUAUAUAUAUAUUAUUAUAUAUAUAUAUAAUGUCCAUAUCCUAGUAUGAACAUAGUAUAAUACAAAGUAUACUAUAUAGGCCUAGACCCAACGCAACUUUUUUGUAGGGCUAUUAUAAUAAAUUAUUUGUAAUGAUAUUUUAGGCUGUAUAAUUAUGUUUUAAUGAAUAUUGUUAUUCUUAAGGCAUUAAACUAAGUAAAAAAAAAUUAAAAUAUUCACUUCACUUACCUUUGGUAUUGAAAUAUCCUAUAUUUAAUCACAUAUCACAAUAUUCCACAAGAGAAUUAUUAUACAAUCCUCAGUUUCUCAAAGAAAAAACACACUUUCUGGCACAAUAAUCCAAGAAUUACAUAAGAUAUUACUAAAGAACAAUAAUAAAAACUUGUUCUUACCUUAAGCAAAUGACUAGAACUUAUUUUAUUUUCUAUUAACAGCUAAAGUUGAUUCUAACAAUACAUGUUUAUUAUGUUGAUUUGUAAAAUAAGAUUACAAACUUAAAAUAAAUGACAAAAUGAUUGUUUUGUCAUAUUCAUAUAGGAAUAUAAUAUAUAUAUGUAGAAAAAGUACACUCAUAAAUUUUAACUAAAUGAAUCAAAUAAUCCUGUAUUAUUUGUUUAUAAUUAUAAAUGUUAAACAAUUCCACAUAAAAUUUGAAAUUAAUAUCUUAAGAAUAUUAUUAUUAUUAUUUUGAAGAAAUUAAAAAAAAAAAAAAAUUAACCCUAACCGCUUUCAUUCCAAUGUGAAAGGACAUGAUAUCUAGCCACCUAGUGCAAACCAUUAACUCACUUUAGGCAUUACCUGUACUGUUGUAUUUAUUUUGACCCAGUCCUUUUAUCAUAAAAAAAAUGUAGUUGCUAUUUAGAAGUGUAUUUGUUAGAAUUUGUGUUUAGAAAUUUCUGAGGAAAAACCUUAUUUCUGCAAUAGUGCAGAGUAUAGAAAAAGUUUAGGAACUACUGGUAUAAUCUAAAAAUAGUUACACCACAUGCUCAGAAACAUAAUAAGGCAAACGGAGGAUUAAAUAUUACAGUUUCUAGUGCAAUAUCUAACGCGUUCACUUGUAAAAAAACAAAGCAGCUGUAUCACAAUAAUUACGAAACAUUACUGUGAUAUUUAUAUAGCCUUAGAAACUAUUCGAAAUCACAGAUUUUUAGGUGAUAGAUGGCUUAAGUUUAUUAGAAAUAUAAAUAAGCUUUUACAGCCUGUCAGAAAUUAAGAAUAAUUAUUGAAGAAUUUUGGCAUAAAUGUACAUACUCUCUGUCGAGACCCCCGACCCCCUCCGAAAUCAACAAGCCGCCCCUCACCACAUAGUGUGUGCAUAUUAUAAGGAAAGCCCCCUGGAGAUUACUCAGAUCAAUUCAUUAGUGAUUAUAAUGAAUAUUUCUAUUACAAUUAGCCUUAUGUCAUGCCUAUUAUCAUUAUUUGUGGGUUGCUGUUCAUGUAAAAUAAUUAAAAUUUAGGCCUUUUUAUUAAUAGUAAUAAUAGCUAGUAAUAGCAUAUAGCAAAAGACUUUUGCUAGACUCUAGAGCCCUGUUUCCCAAUGUGAGGCCCAUGCCCCACAGAGGGGCAAUUUGAUUGUUUAUGGGGUCUAUUUGAAAAAUGACCUGUCAAGAUUUUGAAAAUCAACUGUCUACAAUGAUUUCACUUGUAUUUUCAAAAGGAGACUCAUUAAAGUCUCAAUUUAGAAUAAAGCGUUCAUUAAAAGUUUUGUAAAAAUCGUUUAAGUUUCUUCAGUGAACAACCCUAUUUUUUGAAAAUUAAAAAUUAUAUAUACGAUACAUGUGAGGCAUAAGAAUUUUACAAAGGCUUUGGUGGGGCUUGGCACAAAAAAGGUUGGGAAACACUGCUCUGGAGCAUAAGUAAAAUUCAUAUUUAGCCUAAUUUAAUGAAGCUGAUAUUAAGAGCUGGGGUACAGCAGCCUUAUUUUAAAAUAAGCUGUAUUUUCAUGGCUUUUGUUUUGCAUUAAAUUUAAUGGAAAAAACAGGGGAAUAUGACUGACAUAUCAGAUAGUUUUUUUAAGUUAACGAAGAUGUCAUAGUUACGAAAGUGGUUACAUUUACAGUGAAUAAUUAAGGUCAGUCAUUGAAUUCAAGAAUGAUAAAAAGAGCCCCUUUUAUUGAAAACCAUGUUAACUUCUAAGAGCAUGUAGUAAUAGUAUUGCAAUUCAACAACUGAAACUACGGUACCCAUAGUUUUAUGAUUAAUUCUAGAUAUUAUUAAUUAAAAUGAGUUUGGCCUAUUAAAUAUUCAAUUGAUUUAUAACAACUAUACUACUAUAAAACUAGAAGAGGGUUAGGCCAGUUCAGAGGUGUAGCUAGGAGUGGGGGAUGGGGGGGGGGGGAGAGGAGACCGUGUUCCUAGGCAACAGUCAGUUAAGGCUGCUAAAAUGGGUUUUGAUGGUGUAUUUUAUUAAUGAAAAAAAUGGGUUUCAGAAAACAACUAUACUACUAUAAAACUAGAAGAGGGUUAGGCCAGUUCAGAGGUGUAGCUAGGAGUGGGGGAUGGGGGGGGGGGAGAGGAGACCGUGUUCCUAGGCAACAGUCAGUUAAGGCUGCUAAAAUGGGUUUUGAUGGUGUAUUUUAUUAAUGAAAAAAAUGGGUUUCAGAGUUGAAGGGGGCAUAAAAUGAAUCUUUUCCUUGGGCGCCAAACAUUCUAGCUAGGCCUCUGGGCCAGAUAAAUAAUUCCAUUCAGGUGAUUGACUCAUGAUUAACUUGAUUUAGUAAACCUAAUUCAUUCAUAUUUAUGCAGACUACUUCCCUAACUAUGUGAAAUGUUUAAUUUGAAAUAAAUUCCUCUUGAACAUGACAUGUGGGCUUUUCACUAACAUUUUAAAGAAAACCUUUCCUAAAGAGUUCAUUGAUUUUGGAUUUAUGUAACUACAAAAUAAGUCCUUAAAUAUGAAAAGUUGUGCUGAGGUCAUUUAAAAUUAUUCAAAAGGAUUGAAGUUAUUUUACUCUUUUAUUGGGUGCAAAUUUUUCUGUAUUUCAAAAUGUUUUAAAUCUAGUUAAAUAAAACUUUUGAACUAGUGUUAAGAAUGUGAAAUACUUUUGCCUUUAAAACUUGAUUUAAAGUGCCCCCAUUUUCACACACACACACUAAAAAAAAUAUCCUGUAGUUUUCAGAGUAAUGCAGUCCAAUGAAAUCUACUUAAUAUAAUACAAGAGCCUCUAUCACUGCUGCCUCCAUUUGAAAAACAACAAUUCAGAAUUAUCUAAAUCUUAAACUUGUUAAAGUUACAAAUAAAGUAACUGAGCUGUACUUGGCAGAAAUAAAAUUGCGAGAAAAAUACUUGUUGAACCAUAAAAAUUUAUCCAUUUCAAAAAGUGGUUGGGGAAAUUCUGUUUCAGGUAAUGUCAGUAUUUUGGUAUAUCACUAGAAAUGUAUUUAAAAAAAUUAUAUUUAAAUUGUCCUUAUUUACAGCUUGAGUGAUUAUUUUGAAACAAUGGCAGCUGAGCAAAUGGAAAUUGAUGACUCACUUUAUAGGUAUUUAUUUUUAUGUUUUAAAAUUGACAAUUAAAUAUAAGCUAUUAGUAUGACAUAUUAAUAGAUGCAAUUCUGUUCUUAAGUUUGUCUCUCUUAAAGAUAGUUCCAUUCAGAUUAUUUUUCUGGCAUCAGUCCAUCACAAUGUAACAAUGUCAUAGACUUCACAAGAUGAAAUCUUUAAGGAAGAUAAGCUGGAUAGAAAAUUACCUCCCUCUUCACACCUGGGUAGCCUAAGGAAACAUCAUAUGUGGAUGAUACAACUUGGCACCAGUAGCAUCGCAGGAGUUGUCAGAAUUUUCAUUGUGCCGAUUUCAUACCACCUAUGGUACCCCAUCUCAGGGUUUUUCCUAUUCUUACAUGAGUUGCCAUCCAAGGUUAAUAAAUCCCAUCCACCCAGGUGCUGGUGGUAUUUUUGCGUGUCUGGGCAUUGAACUACAGUCCACAAGCUUGAGAUUUACCCAGUUUAGAAAAUUCGGCUACCCAGUCAGAUAUAUGACAGGGGAAUUAUGUUAUUUAAGUCUUAAACUUUAGGUAGGCUCUUUUACAUUUUUAGCUACAGUAUUCAUGCAUUCUCAGCAACUCAGAAUAAUCAAUAGUUUUAUUAUUAUUUUCACUAUUUAGCCGCCAGCGAUAUGUCUUGGGAGAUACUGCAAUGCAUCGCAUGGCCAAUUCAUCCAUCCUCAUUUAUGGUUUGGGAGGUCUUGGCAUUGAAAUAGGUAAGAAAACAUAAGACUCUGUAACAGAUAAAAUGCUUGUUGUUAUCUAUUUUAUAUUUUUACAAAUAUUUCCUGUAGGGGACUUUAAAAAAUUUAUUAAAUGUAAUAAAUGCACUUAUAAGAACUUAUAGUUAAUAUCUUUUAGUCAUUUUUAAAUUAAACAAUAAUUUUAAAUAUUUAUUAGCAAAUAUAUAAUUGCAUAUAUAUUUUUUUUCUUUUUUUUUCUAGCUAAAAAUAUUGUCUUAGCUGGAGUGAAGGUGAGUUCAACAGGUCAUGCCGUUUUUAUAUUUUAUUUAAUGUUUUUAUAUUUGCUUUCUGAAAUUUUAAUAAUAUGAGAUUUAAAAAUCACUUGGCAAAGAUGUUUUUCUGUUAUUUUAUUUAUAUUUUACAUUAAAAUUUUAUCACUCUAGUCUGUCAUCUUACAAGACCCUAAAUCUACAACUGUUAAUGAUUUGGGCAAUCAAUUCUUUCUAAGAGAAAGUGAUGCACAGCUAUCAAAGAAUAGGUAAGGAGGUUAGUAAUACUGCAUUUACACUGAACAUAUGCCCAGAAAUUGACCUGAAAUUAUAAUUGACAUAGUAAUUUGACACUAAUCAAAUUGAUAAUGAAAAUGUUUUUUGUUCCAUUUUGUUAUAGAUUCUUCAUUACCAAAAAUUUGUAUGACCAUAAUUUGUACAAAAGCCUAUUGUUUGAAGGAAUUUGGUUUUAACAAAACUUUGUUGAAAAUGAAUUUUCUUAGAGAUUUAAAAAAAAAAAUGUUUUUAAGAGAAUACAUCUUUAUGUUUAUGUGUUUGGUUCCGCUUGAACAAACUACAGUUGGAGCUAACUUCCAUUAAACAACAUGCCUACAUACAAAUUGGUUUCGUACUAAUUGAUUUCAUUUUAAUUUCCGGAAACAUAUUUUCUGAAACAGACUUGGAUUGUAAACAUUUUUUUAUUAACAUUUGAUUUUUUUUCAAAAGGGCAGAAGCAAGCUCUCAACAUUUAGCUGAAUUGAACCCUUAUGUUAGUGUCGUGACAAUAACUGAAUCACUGACAGAGGAAACAGAUUUGUCCUACUUGAGAAAUUAUCAGGUAGAAAACCAAAUGUUUCAUUGAAAGUAAUGGAUAUUUUUUUAAUUAACUAAGAAGCGUAUUAAUCAAUAGAUUUAUUUUUUUUAAAUUACCAAGCAUAAAAUAUUUCUAAAACAUAAUUUUAUCAUAAGCUAAUCUAUCAUUCUUGCGUACAUUUUUACAUGGGAAAUUAUGUCUUUAAAUCUGAUGAUAUUUAGUUGUGAAAAAGAAGUUUUAUAUUUUCUUUUAAAAUAAAUAAGUACAUAGUUUAAAAUAGAAGAAUAAAUCAUUUAAAUAAAAUUGUGUUCUUUGUGAAAACAAAUGUACAAAAAUUGAAUCCUAUUAACACUUCUAUUUUUGCAGUGUGUAAUCCUAACAGAGUCUCCUUUAAGCUUACAGAUAAAAGUAAAUAUUUUCUGCAGAUCUGCUUUACCACCAAUAAAAGUAAGUUAUUUUUAAUAGAUUUUUUAACAGAUAUUAUUAUAAGAAGUCACUAUGUAACACUGAGAUCAAUAAAGCACAAUAUAAAAAUUACUUAUUACUGCACCAAACAGCAAGCGAAUUUGUGUUGAAGAAAAAAUUCCUAAAUUUAAUUUGGAUUCUUAAAAACACUGAUGUGAAUUUUUAUUUUAUUUUACGGGAAUCGAAUCAAUUAUUAUUAUUAUAAAAAUUAGAAAUAUAUUUAAUAUAAUAAUUAAAGAAUUGUUUUAAGUAUUUUAUGUGAAUGUGAGGUAUUGUAUUAAAGGAGAUUGACAUUCUUUUUAUUAUUAACAAUCACUGAUCAUCUAUGUAUUACAUUAUUAAUGUGUAAGCAGACUUUGGGGCCGUCCAUAAAGUAUGUCAUGCUAUUUUUGACCAUUUUUAACCACCCCCCCUUCCCUCUGUCACAAAUCUCGGAACAACCAGCGACACCCCCCCCCCCCCCCCCAAAGUACGUCUCACGUUCGAACAAAUUUAAAAAAAAAUAACACCAAAUUAAAAUUAAUCUAAAACACACUUCACUAUUAAACUGUAUUAAAAUAUAAAAUUUCCACUUAAUUUCCACUAUCAUGUUAUUAAAAUGACUUUAAUAGUAGAAUAGUUAAUUGUCAACAGUUGUCACAGUUAUUCAUUGAAGCAGUAACUCAAUCUAGAUUGAAUUUGAAAACAAAAAUUGCAAAACUUAGACUAGACAAUUAUGUAAUACACAUCAUUUAUCAGCUGCUUUUUCAUUUACAAUAGGUGAGGUCAAGUUUUACAUAAUGUUCCGAUUAUGCAGUCUUUUUACACAGGUUAAGAAGUAUGUUGGAGAAACUUGACCUCACUGAAUGAUUAAGUAAUAAAAAGGACAGUGACAUAAUUAUGCAGCAGACAACAAAGAAAUAAUGAUACUUCAGGAAAGACGAAAGCAAGGCUAUACAUAAAACAGCAUACUAGCGAGAGGAAUAGUGAACAACAAUUUCAGGAGAUACGCAUUUCAUGCUAUUUUGACAUAAAACUAAUUCAAAUGAUACACACAAUUUGUGAAAAUUAUUUUUAAAGCUAUUAAAUUCCACUAAAAAAAUAAAAAAUAAAUUAGAAAUACAUUUUUUUAAAAAUUAACGUGUGACGUCACACAUGGCCUGACCGCCCCUCCCCCUGUCACACUUUCUUACACCCUCUCCCCCCUCUGGAGCGUGACGUAAUUUAUGGACGGCCCCUUAUCGGGUAUCCCCGAAAAUCUAAAUUUUUAUUGCGUGGUCAAAAUUAAGAAAUUAAAAUAAAAUUUAUUUUAAUGGCUCAAAUAAGUCCAAACAAUAUCAAAUUCAAAAUUUCGCUUGAAUUGAAUGGAAUUGAAUGAACCAAUGAAAAGCUUAAUCAUAUACUAAAUUAAUUAAAAUUGCUAAUACACCACAAUACAAAAUUUAAGCUUUGUAUUUAUGAAGUUUAACAAGUUGUUCUUUACUAAAAUUAUAAAGGAAAAAUUGUUACCUUAACAUUAAAAAGUAGUUUAAAUAAAAAAAGUUGAUAUUGUAAGUGGAAAAAUUGGUAUAUAGAUUUAGAUUAAAUUUGAACUAUAUUACUAUGCAUUUUACCAUUUUAUGUUUUUUAUAUUUCAAGGGUGAUUAAAAUUUGUGGCGGGGGUGGGGGUAUAUUAGUAUUAUUAUUAUUAUUAGUGGUGGUUUUAUAUAGUGCGGUACCCCAGCCUAGCGCUGGGCUCACCACCUGUACAUACAAUUUAACAAACAUAAUCAUGAACUUAAAAAUUAACACAGUAAUUAAAUAUCUCCAAACAGAAUUUAUCUUUGGAAUGUACUUUAAUUUUACUUUAAAAAUAAAUAACCAUAUUCUUUAAAUAUAAGGAAAUAUUAAUUGAACUAUUUUUUAAAAAGAUUUUGUAUACAUACCAUGGUAAAAGGUGGUGGGACAUUAGAAUUUUAAUAUAGAUUAAGUUAGUGCAAAAAGUGUGUGAUGGUUUACGGGGGGGGGGGCUAUCAUCCUGGUUGUACUUUUAUUAUUUGCUAUUACAAACUUUACAAAAUAUUUGUGUGUUGUCACCCACUCUGUGGCCCCAUUAGACAUGCCACCGUGUGGGUUGGCAUAUUUUUAUAGCAUUAUAUCAAAACCAAGGUAUGCUACUCACCAGAAAUGGGAAGUUAUGAAAUAAUGUAUUUAACUUCUUCAGAAAGCACAUUUCAGGGUGGGGAAACACGAUGUGUACAUUUUUACAUGGAUAACUAUAUCUUUAAAUCUGAUAAUAAUAUAGUCGUUAAAAAGAAGUUUUAUCUUUUCUUUAAAAUAAAUAAAUGUGCUAUACCAGUAUCAGAAUAUACAACUUAGUGGUUUGACACAUUGUGGGUACAUUGGGAUGUUUUUUCUUGCCAAGUUGGCAGGUCUGCAUAAGUAAACCCAUAUGACAUAACUCAGUUAAGAUGGAAAGGGGGAAAAAAAGUGGAUUUUGCUUUAAAAAUAAGGCCGUCGAGAGUUUUCCAAAGCUACAGUUCAGGUGCGAGGACAUUGUUUUUCUUCUUUCAUUUCCUGAAAAUACAGUUCAGGGGCAUAAACAGCAAGGGGUUAAUAUUUUCUGUGAAAAUAAAAUAUUUUUUUUUCCGCUUUGCACUAAAUACAGUACAUGGAAAACUACGAGUAAAUUUUAAUGUGAUAAAUAUUUCUUAUUAAAAAAAACAAGGUUGUCACAGACAAUAAAAUUGGCUAAGAUAUUUUUCUUUAGUUAUAAAAAUUCUGUGAUUUAAAUCCGAUAAUAUAGUUCAGAAGCAAGGUAAAAGGUAAUGUCAAAAUUGGUUAAUGUUACAGAAAAUUAAAAUGGUAUAUAGAUUUAUUUUUUUAAGGACAUGUUUUUACAAUUUUUAGAAAAUAUAUUCACUUUGUAGUUCAUGGUCAUGUAAAAGGAUUGGGUAAGGAGGCUAUGUUAUAUAGAAGAUAAACAUCUCUCAAUAUAUAAUUAUUUUAGAAACUUUAAACAUAUAUGAUAGAUAGUUCUUUGAAGUCUGAUUUCCUAAAUAUACAUUUCAAUAGCUUUGAAAAUUGACGUAAUUUUUUUUUUAGGAUAUAAUACAUCAAAAACCUUUUAUGUUACUUAUGUUAAAAGUGGGGAUUUUUAGAGUUUGAGACUGCAAUAGCAUGUAGAAAGUAUCAAAAUAUGCCUUCCAUUAUAAUACAGACUCAUAUCUUCUAGUUAUUAGCUUAUAAUGUACAAUUAUCUGAUAAUUAACUGAGAAUUUUUUUCUAAUUUCUUAAAUAACUAGUAUUUCUAUUGUGAAAAAUAGUAUAAUAAUAUGAGAAAGGAUACAGUUAUCAUUUCAAAAAAUUUAAGUUUAAAUCUGAGAAUUAUUUUACAAUUCAAAUUUCAAUUUGUUUCUACAAGUUGGGGUUAAUUGUAUAUCUAUGGUAUUAAUUAAUUAAAAAACAUUUUUCUUUCUUUGCUUCAGUUUAUAUCAUCAGAUGUAUUUGGUAUACUAGGAUCAGCUUUUGUUGACUUUGGAGAAAACUUUGAUAUUUUUGACCCGACAGGAGAGGAGCCAAAAGAUAUCUUUGUUAGUGAUAUUACAAAGGUAAUAUAGGUGUGCUGCCUAAUUUCCUGUUUCUUGGUAUCCAGAAACAUAAGAAAGGAAACAAUUUUCUUUAAGUCCAUUUUAAUUGAAGUAUAGCUUACCAACAAAUGUCACUUGGGAAACAAAUGUAAAUUAACAUAUUUUAAGAUUUUAAAUUAAAAUGUAUUGCAAAUGAGUGCUUAUUUUCAUUAGACUAUUGCACAUGCAAAGCUAUUUUGGUGUGUUUCAUCUUGUGGUGUUUAAUCGCAAUGACCCAAAUUUUAAAAUAAAACAAGCUAUCCUGGUUUUUGGGUUGCCAGAUAAACCUCACACAUGUAGCUAGUGAAAUAGUUUAAUUUUAUUUGUGAUAAUUUAGAGUUAUACAUUUUGUUUACAUAAGCAAAGCGAUUAGGUUAAGUAUCUUAAGCUUUUUUAUUUAAAAUAUUAUAUGCAUUUAUAGAAAAAUAUAGUUAAAGAUUUAUACUUUGCAUCUAUCAUGGCACACUUGAUUACUGAUUUUUAUUAAAGCAUUUUGAUUCCACCUUUCAAACUUAGGCCAAUCCAGGUGUUGUCAGCUGCCUUGAAAACAGAUUCCAUGGCCUUGAAACAGGUGAUGUUGUAACAUUCCGAGAAGUUCAAGGAAUGACCUGGGUCAAUGGGAAACAGUUCACUGUUCAAGGUUUUAUUUUUUUAAAGAUUUUAUUAUUUAACUGGUGUUAAGAAAUUAAGUAUUCGAUGGAUUUCCUUAAUUUGACAUAUAUGUGAUCAUUUAUGACAUUUUUAUUUAUAAUUUUUAAGGAAACAAUAAAUUCAAAUCGUUUAUUGCAGUGCUCAGUCCUUACACAUUCAGCAUCUGUGAUACAUCAGGGCCAGAGUUUGCACAAUAUGAAGAUGGUGGCAUAUUUACUCAAGUUAAAGUACCAGUGGCAAAAAAUUUUGUAAGUCGUUUUUAAAAAAUGUUAGUUGAGUUCAUUUACAGAGUUUGUUACUUAAUAUUGCUUGUAAAGUUAAUGCUUUCUUUUCCCCUUAUUCUAUUGCAAUGGGUUGUUUAUUUUGAGGAGGAUUUUUUUCUCAGGUGUGUCUUGAAAAGCAAAUUGUUGAACCCAGCUUACUUACGCCAGAUCUGUGCAAAUUUGAUGUAAGAUUCAAUUCCAUUUUUUAAAUUUCUUAAUUAUUGAAAAGUCUACUGCUAUGUCUAUAUGUCCUUAUAUAAGUUGAUUAGGUAAAACGGAAAUAAUACAUUCAUUUUUUUUUCUUCAGUUUAAUUUAUAACCAAUGAUGUGUAAUCUAUUAUUAUAGACCUAAACUGUUUAUUUCUAAUUUAACCCAUAACAUUUGACAUUUUGUUGAACAGUCACCACCAGUGCUACAUAUCAGCCAUCUUGCAUUACAAAAAUACAGAGAACAGUUCAAUAUGCUACCAAGAACAUGGUAAGUGAUCCAAUCGACACACAUCUAAUAAUACCUUCAAGAUUUUACAGCUUCCGACUUGUGAUGGACGCAGGUCAAAUUGUGCUCCUUCCCCUGUCUUGUUGGGUUUAUGACAGCAUGGAACUUGCUAAACAAGAAGUGCCAGAAUAAAUCAGUUAUUAAGUUGACAUCAUAAACACCUGCUAUAUUUAUUGAUCACAAUGGAUUAUCUCAUACUGCAAUAUAAGAAAAUUGUGUGGGUCUUUAUAGUAAUUUAUGUUACAAAUUGUAUUUAAUCUCAGAUUUUUUUUUAUCAGUUUGUGUCAUCAUUUGUAUGAUUAGUUCCAGAUGUUGUCAUCUCCCUGUGUAUUUUUAUUAACAGGGAUGAUUCAGAUGCUGCUAAGUUCAUUGAUAUAGCUAGAGAUAUAAACGCAUCAUUAAAGUUAAAAGUGAGUAAAUUUUUGGUCAAACGUUUCUGCUUGCUGGGAUUUCUAUCAACUCAAGUAGUUCCUUAAACAAAUAUCUACUCAAGUAGUUCCAUAAACAAACAUCUACUCAAGUAGUUCCUUAAACAAAUAUCUACUCAAGUAGUUCCAUAAACAAACACCUACUCAAGUAGUUCCAUAAUCAAAUAUCUACUCAAGUAGUUCCAUAAACAAAUAUCCAUUCAAGUAGUUCCAUAAACAAAGACUAAACUGCAUCACCUUUAAUGCUGGGAUAUGGUAAACAUUUCUAAGAUGCAUUCUAAAAAAUAUUGUUUCAGUUUUUAAACAGUUACUCUUAUUUUUAGGUUCAAAAUUUGGAUGAAAAUUUACUCCAGUUGGUAUCAAGGUGCUGCACUGGGAGUCUGGCCCCAUUAUGUGCAGUGUUUGGUGGGGUUGUGGCACAGGAGGCGUUGAAAGCCCUGACUGGAAAAUUUACCCCUCUAGACCAAUGGGUGAGCUUUUUUAACAAUAAAUUACUGUGUUGGUCUCACAGCCGUCACAUGGGCCCUGCAAACCCCAUGAAUGACAUAUUUAAAAGGCACAAGGUUGCGAUGUGGCAAAAUUUUAAUGGAAACUGCGUUGAAUCGCUAAAUGGCAAAUCCCGAAAAUUUGCAAGGGUCCUCCACUAAUAAUGCGACAGCUGUAGCCAUUCAAAUGAAAAAGAAUUUGUAACUUCUUAGGUUUGAUCAUUUAAAGCUUGUAUAGAAUUUCAAUGUUAUAUUGAAGUUAUCAUUACGACAAAUCAUGUCGUUGGUAUCAUUAAUAUUUAUGUGGUUGUGUUAUUAAUAAUUACAGCUUUACUUGGAUGCCAGUGAAGUUGUACCUCAAGAAGGAAUCAUCAACAUUGAGCAGUUCCUCCCUCGGUAAGCCACAAAUAUAUUUUAUUUGUAUAAAUUCUUACAUUUAACAGUUUUUCCCUGUUUGGCAAUGAUAUUUAAAGUGCAAAUGGGAAAACAAGGUAACAGAAAAAAAACACAUUUAAAAAAAAAAAAGAAGUUUUAAAAUUGUGUUUUAAUUAUCUGGAAAAAAAAACAGCAGCCACUCUUAAAGAUUUGUAGCCCCUGAGGAGGGCAAAGGCUAUAAUACAAGUCAGCCCAGAAGCACCACUGCUCGGUGCAGUGGUGACUAGUCUCUCUACUCUCCAUCUGGUGUGAAGGGGGGAGCAGUGGAUGUUUUUUAUGCUUUAGCCACGGGAUGUGGUCAUUAUAAAAUAGUUUAGACAGUUGACUCAAAUUAACAUUUUUUACUGUCCUGCUUAAACAUUGCAUGCCGUUGUCUAAAAUUCUUAUAAUGUAACAAUUUUUGCUCAUGCGUCUUAUUGGAAUGAUCUCUUACAACUUUUAGCUACUCCUUUUUUAGCGUAACUGCAUACAGCUUUUUAUGCUCCUAUUUCCUAUGAUAUAUUUGGGGAAGAUACAUGAACAGAUUUUUACUACUGAUAUGAGAUCUAUCUUAUUUUCCAGUUAAUGCAUAAUGGCUGUGUUGCUUGGGGUUGAAAUGGCUAGAAAGACUUUGCCAUUGUGUGCUUGUAAUUAGUUUUUGUAGUGUUGCGUUUGUUUUGAAUAUGGUAAAUUAUAGAUUUGUCUUUUGUUGACUUUGUACCGCGCUUCGAGCCUUUGGGGAUGAAGCGUGUGUUUUUUAAAUGAACUUUAUUAUUAUUAUUAUUAUUAUAUGUAUAAAUAUUACUAAAUUCAAGUGCAGGCUCAAUUUCAACUGACUUUUCAUGUUUAAUUGUUUAUUAUUCUUAUUUUUGUAUUAAAUAAUUUUUUUCCUGUUAACGUUUAAUUUCCAUUUUAAGCAACAUAUUAAAUGUCUCGGAUUGUGUUAUUUUUUAAAGUUUUAAAUAUCAAUUUCUAUUGAAAGGGGUGACAGAUACGAUUUAUUGCGAAUUUGUGUUGGGGAAGCGCGUUGCAAGACUUUGUCUAAUACUCAACUGUUCAUGGUAUGUCUUUAUUUUAGGUUCAAUUUCUAAAAAAAAAUAAUUAAUUUUUGGUAAUUUUAUUUGUAAAACUUUAUUAAAAUGAAAUUAUAAUUUUGACUAUGCAUCUUAUUUAUUGAUAUAUUCUCAUUUUUUUCAAUAGAAAGUUAACAUUUGAAAUAAACCUUUUUUUUGUAAAGAAUUUGAUGGGCCUGAUGUUUGCUUUCCUAGAAGGAUGUGGAUUGACAUGAAAUUAUUUUCUAAUUCCAUCAAACAGGUGGGCUGUGGAGCUAUAGGAUGUGAAAUGUUGAAGAACUAUGCCUUAUUAGGAAUUAGCACAGGCUCUGGGAAGGUCAGUUCUGCUCUGGAGUUUUAAAUGUAACCUUGUAAAUUUGGGGACUUUUGUUUUCAAAGAUCAAGUGGAUGUUGUAUAUUGUCAGAUGAAUUAAGAUUUUUUCAAUCAUUGUCAGUUAUAUUUCACAUGCAACAUUUUAUUUUUGUUGUAAGGACAUGACAGACAUUAUAUAAGAUUUUAAAAAAAAUGUAAUUAUAAAUUGAUUAUUAGCUAUCUGAUUUCUCAAUCAACAAGAUAAGAAGGUGAACAGAUACUUAUAAAAAAACAACUUUGUAUGAUUUCCAGAUUACUAUUACGGAUAAUGAUUUGAUAGAAAAGUCCAACUUAAACCGUCAGUUUCUCUUUAGGCCUCAUCACAUUCAGGUAUGGCUAUUGAAAUGCUCGUGGAACGCAUGUGACAACCGGUCCAAUGCAUUGUCUUGUCAAGUAAUCAGUGAUAUUAUAUUGUAGCCUGUUAAUUGCAUCUUUGUCAAAACACUCAAAUUGCUUAGAUGUUCUUAAGCUACACACAGCCUAACGUUAAAUUGCCUUUAUUAUGAUUUUGAUUUUUCUCAAAUUCGUGAAGGGUUUGGCAUUAAAGUUUAAAGUACAUUGUCAUAGAAAAAUUGAAGGAUAUGGCAUAUAAAUUGUUUUUAAUAAUUUCCAGAAACCCAAAUCAACAACUGCAGCUCAAGCUGCCCUGGACAUCAACAAAGGUAAAAAUACUUGUUAACUUUUUACAGGAAAAUUAAUAAAGACAUUAUUUAAUUUUAAAAUAAUCAUUUUAAAAUAUAUUUAGUUAGAUUUAAUUAUCUUGUAUUAAACCUUCUCUUUUCUUCACUUAAAGUUCUCUAGUAUUCUUGAAUGAAAACUUUUUUACAAUGAUAUUACAGAUUUGAAAAUAGAGGCACAGCAACAUAAAGGUAGAACCUUUUAAAAAUUCGGAAUUUUGUUUUAAAACUAAACAUUGUUUGGCAGGUGAAUCCACAAGCCUGUCUACUGUCUUACCUUCUGUUGUAAAAGUUUUAGGAAAUCGCUUUAAUUCAUUCAAAUUAUUCUAAUUCAGAAUCAAAAUUAAAAAAUUAAGUCCUUUUCUAGUAUGUGUUGAAGCAGCUUAUUUAUAGCGGUAGGAUUAGUUUGUCAGAGGUUCAGAGGUUGGUUUAAGUUAGAGGCUCAUUCAGACUAAUGAUUAAAUCUUACAUAAUGUUCAAUUCAUUUAACUACUUAGUUGGUCACUCUGUUAGAAGGUAAUCAAUCUAAAUUAACUUUCAGUUGGACCUCAGACAGAAGAGUCUGUUUACACAGAUGCAUUUUUUGAACAUCAGGACAUCAUUGUUAAUGCCCUGGACAAUGUUGAAGCCAGGCGCUACAUGGAUGGGUAAUUUUUUAUUUGAACUCUCCAGAAUAUGAACUUUGGGGCUGGGUAUUUUAUGAGGCACUCAUACGAACCCUAGGAGUUAUGAUCAGUUGUGAAUAGUUAUUUGCAUUACCCUGAAGUCUGAUAAUGCAGGGACCGGUUGUUGGUCCUCUGUAAUCAGUCCUGUUCAACUGCAUUUCAGACUUAAUUAAAUGCAACCAAGACAUGGUCAUAUUUUUAUAAAGCUAUCAUCAGAUUUGUCAGGAAACUUAUGAAAAGAUCUCUUUAUGUUAGGCCUCAUAUUCACCAGAAUAGUUGUAAAAAUCUGUUGCUAUUAAAAGCACAGCCUGGUUGUAUUUUUUAAAAUAAUUAGAGAUGUAUUAUUUCUCUUUUCUGAUAUCAAAUUAAAUGUAAUUAUCAAAUAUUAGCUGGUGUCAUAAAGUAAUUUGUGUAGCUUCAUCCAGGCCUAGUGAUAAAUCUUAUUCUGUAAUCAUAGCUGUACCUAAUAAACAUGUUACAAAGCUAAAAAUAUGGAACUUGCCGGUUAAAAUUUUGUGUAAGGCAAAAUGGUAUUGUCUGAAAUAUUAAAAAAGAUCAUUGUUGUUUCUUUCUUAGACGCUGUGUAACAAACCAGAGGGCUCUAAUGGAAUCAGGAACCAUGGGGACCAAGGGCCAUGUGCAGGUGAUAGUGCCACAUAUAACAGAGUCUUACACGAGUCAAGUGAGUUGUUGCAUGAUACUUUUAAUUGUUGGGUGUUACUGUUUCAACAAAUAGAAAAUAUUAUAUUAUAUGCUGGCUGGCAUUUUAGAGCUGUUUUUUUUUGCUGUCUCAUCACCGUUUCAUGUAUUAAUAUGAUUUUAUCUCUGCGAUUUCAAUGAUGAUCAAUCAAAUUUCUAAACAAAAAUUAUGUUACCAAAAUAUGUGUCGAUUCUCAAGAAUUAUUAUUUGAAUUUUUUAUUUCUCGACACCACGUGUUUGCCUUGACACUUACGGAAAGCGCACUUUCGCAUUUACUGGUCCAACAAUUUGGAACGCCUUUCCUGUCGAUCUCAGAAACAACCAAACACUGGAGUCCUUUAAAACCGAUUUAAAGACACAUCUAUUUCGCAAACACCUUCUGGGAUGAUUGUCUACCUUAUUUUCCAGUUAAUGCAUAAUGGCUGUGUUGCUUAGGGUUGAAAUGGCUAGAAAGACUUUGCCAUUGUAUGCUUGUAAUUAGUUUUUGUAGUGUUGCGUUUGUUUUAAAAGUGGUAAAUUAAAGAUUUGUUUUUUGUUGACUUUGUACCGCGCUUCGAGCCUUUGGGGAUGAAGCGUGUGUUUUUGAAAUGAACUUUAUUAUUAUUAUUAUUAUUUUUAAUAUCUUUUAAAAACCAUUUCAAUUUUAAAAAUUUUAAUUUCAUAUCCCAGACAUGAUUUUGUACUAUUACUAACAAAGAAACACUGUCAUGUAGCUCAGCUUGUUUGUGUUUGUUCUCUGUUUUAUAUCAGCUGUUUAAUUGAACUGCAUAAUUUACUGUGAUUGAAAUUGACAAAAUAAAUGAGUAUCUUGUUGAGGAGUUAGCCUUCUAGACAAUUCCCAUAGCACUGUUCACUUGGCUCAAGUUUCCAGGCAUUUCCAGGCAAAGAAAUGCUUUGAAACUUGAGUCUAUUAUUUACUUCCCUUGCGUCUUAUUCAUUCUGAUUCCAUCCAUACCUUAAUUUAUGUUUUAUGAUCAACGGCUAUUAUUAGUAAUAUAGACUGUCUAAAUUGUCUACAGUUUUAUUAUGUAGAGCUUUUGUAAAUUGUCUAAUUAGUCUACAGUUUUAUUAUGUAGGGUUUUUGUCCAAAUAGUCUCCAGUAACUUUUGAAGGCCUAAUUUUUGGUAAAAUAAACAAUUUUAUUGAUUUGUUUUGAUUUGUUUUGAUUUUAUUUCUUCAGCAAGACCCAAGAGAUGAAGAUUUUCCUUACUGCACAAUUAAAUCAUUCCCUGCUACACUGGAGCACUGCAUACAGUGGGCCAGAGAUAAGGUACUAAACAGUGAGCCAGAGAUAAGGUACAGAACAGGGGGCUAGAGAUAAUGUUUUGAGAAGUGGGCCAGAGAUACGGUAUUGAACAGUGGGCCAGAGAUACGGUACUGAACAGUGGGCCAGAGAUAAGGUACUGAACAGUGGGCCAGAGAUAAGGUAUUGAGCAGUGGGCAAGAGAUAAGGUACUGACCAGUGGGCCAGAGAUAAGGUACUGAACAGUGGGCCAGAGAUAAGGUAUUGAGCAGUGGGCAAGAGAUAAGGUACUGAACAGUGGGCCAGAGAUAAGGUACUGAACAGUGGGCCAGAGAUAAGGUACUGAACAGUGGGCCAGAGAUAAGGUACUGAACAGUGGGCCAGAGAUAAGGUACUGAACAGUGGGCCAGAGAUAAGGUAAUGAACAGUGGGCCAGAGAUAAGGUACUGAACAGUGGGCCAGAGAUAAGGUAAUGAACAGUGGGCCAGAGAUAAGUUCCUAAACAGUGGGCCAGAGAUAAUGUAUUGAACAGUGGGCCAGAGAUAAGGUAUUGCAUCCAGAAUGAUCAAUACAUUGAUCGUGGGCCCUCAAAAUACGGAAGAAGAAGAAGUGGGUCAGAGAUAAGGUAUUGCAUCCAGAAUGAUCAAUACAUUGAUCGUGGGCCCUCAAAAUACGGAAGAAGAAGAAGUGGGUCAGAGAUAAGGUAUUGCAUCCAGAAUGAUCAAUACAUUGAUCGUGGGCCCUCAAAAUACGGAAGAAGAAGAAGUGGGUCAGAGAUAGGGUGAAGAAGUGGGUCAGAGAUAGGGUGAAGAAGUGGGUCAGAGAUAGGGUGAAGAAGUGGGUCAGAGAUAGGGUGAAGAAGUGGGUCAGAGAUAGGGUGAAGAAGUGGGUCAGAGAUAGGGUAUUUCAAUACAAGACAGAAUUCAAGUUUAUCUCUACAUCCAACACUUGAGGAUGUCUGUUUUGACAAUGCCAUUUUUUAAUAGCUCUGCCACUGUUGCAGUGAAAUUUUAGUGACAGAAAUUGUUACAUAUGAAUCUUGACAGAAUAAUAUCACUAUAUUUUUUUAUUCUUGUUUCUGAUUGUGCACAGUUUGAAGAAUGUUUUGUCCAAAAUGCUCAAUUGUUUAACAAAUUCAUGGAAGUCCAUCCAAACAUACACCAAGUAGCUCAGGUUGGUUUUUUCAAAACUUGAAUCUCUGUUUGUUUCUGGGAAUCUUUGGUGUAUAUUUUAUCUAUUUAAACCAUUUGAUGGAUCUAAACGUGCCUGGAAUUUACAUUUUAUCUAAAGGUCGCAUCUUGAAAUAAUGAUAUAAAAUAAUGAUCUAACAUUUGUCUGUAUAAACUUAUGAAAUGACACCACAAAGGGAGAAGGUUAGACUUUGAGAUAUAACUGUCAAUAGACUGACGCUUUCAACAAAUUCAUUUUAAACCUGAUGAACUCGGCCAUGGCAGUUUACGGAUAUCUCGACUCAUAUGCGGUCAUUGUAUUUUAAUAAUCGAUCUUUUUACAACAUCCCAGCAACUGCUUGCCGGUGUGAGCAUUGAUGGAGCACCCAAAGUCGGCAAGAUGCUUGUUAAUCGCCCGACGUGUUGGAAGGAUUGCAUAGCUUUAGCUCGUCUCCGUUUUGAACGCUAUUUUCAUCACAAGGUUUUCUAACAGUUUUACUUCCCUUAGUUCUCAGUUUUACUUCCCUUAGUUCUCAGUUUUACUUCCCUUAGUUCUCAGUUUUACUUCCCUUAGUUCUCCGUUUUACUUCCCUUAGUUCUCAGUUUUACUUCCCUUAGUUCUCCGUUUCAUCAAUUUUGUUUUGAACCGCUUAAGGCGUGAUCACUUUAUUUUCUUUAUUAACUUACGAAAGAAAAAAACCAUUUUAACAAACCUCCGGGUGUCUUAUUGUUUUAUUUUUUUCUCAAAAUAUUCAGAAUAGAAGUAGAGACAAUUUGAAUAAGGUUUAAAAGCCAAAAGAAGAAGUGGUAGGAAUCCAAUGUGAUUUUGGUUUGUGUUUGUUUUAGGCUCAAGAACUGCUUCACGCCUUUCCCUUGGACAGGAAGCUAGAAGAUGGCGGUAAGUUGUUUGGCUUUUUAUCAACAUGAAUUUAUUAACUGCAUUAUUCAUAGCUCUUUUCAUCUGUUUCAUUGGCAUAAAUUAUGAUGUCUAAUCAUUUUGAUACCUCUGCCAGCAUUAUUUUGGGCUCCUCCUAAGAGACCACCGAGGCCUGUUAGAUUUGAUCCAGAGGAUGAAAUGUAAGUAAAAAAAAACUUGAAAAGUUGAAAUGAUACAAAUAUAUUAGUAACCAUUUAGAGCAGUGGUUCUCAACCUGUGGUCUGCGACCUCUUUGGGGAUCGAACGACCCUUACUCAGGGGUCGCCUAAGACCAUAGGAAAACACUUAUUUAUAAAGUGACAAUGAAAAUAAUUUUAUGUUUGGGGGUCACCACAACAUGAGGAACUGCAUUAAAGGGUACCGACAUUAGGAAGGUUGAGAAUCACUGAUUUAGAAUGAUAGUGGCUAUUUGAAUUAUUAUAUUUUUCUUGAGAGAGAAAGUCAUCUAAGCACUAUACAAUAUUAUGAUUAAACAAAUUUUGUUUUGAAAUUGUUAGACUUGUGUUCUUUAUGGACACAAAAGCUUUGUGUUUCACAAGUCAUGAGGGGCAACUCUUUUAGGCACAUGACAAACAUGCACUCAUGGUUUGUAUCUCUUGGGGAAUGAUAAUGCGGGUCAUAUUGAUGUUCAGGGCAAUCUCAAGUUAAGUGAUUGUUUUAGAUGAAACUAACUAACAGCUGAUGAUGUUUGACUUUAUUUACAGGCACUUGCUUUUUGUCACUACCUCAGCCAGACUGUAUGCUGAUGUCUAUGGUAUCAAGUGGUCUUCUCAAGUAAUUUUCAAAUUAUUUUAAAUUAAUCUUGAAUGUACUAAAUACUAAGUACUAAUAUAUUUAAAAUUAAUACAGUACUUAAAAAUUGUAAACAUUUAAAAUAUGAACCCAAAAAAAGCUAAUCUGUGAUGUUCUCCUUACAAGAUUAGCAAAUAAAAUUGGAUAUAGUAUUAUCUAAACCAGGGUGGGGUUUCAAGGGGUCGUAGAAUUGUGAGAGUAGAAGAACAAUUUGACUUUUAAAGCUAUCAUACUAAUGUUAAUAUGUUUAUUUCAUCAUUAAGAUUUUACUUUAUGUAAUAAGUCACUAGUCUAUUUUUCAAGUUCUACAGUUCUCAAUUUAGUUCAAUAAAAAAAAUAUGAAGUCAAUUUCUUCCAAAAAAUAUCAAGUCAAUGUCUUCCAACAAAUAUCAGUCAGUUUCUUCCAACAAAUAUCAAGUCAGUUUCUUCCAACAAUAUCAAGUCAAUUUCUUCCAACAAAUAUCAAGUCAAUUUCUUCCAACAAAUAUGAAGUCGGUUUCUUCCAAACAAAUAUCAAGUCAAUUUCUUCCAAACAAACAGCAAGUCAAUUUCUUCCAAUUUUUAAACACGUCCUUUUUUAGUGGGCGAGAGACCUAGUCAAAGAAAGUUAUAAGGGUACAGUGCAUAGAAAAAGUUGAGAAUUACACUGGUCUAAAUGAACCUAAACCGUUGUGUUCUAACAGGAUUUGAGUAGAGAUGUUGUAUUGUCCAUCGUGUCACAAGUCCAAGUUCCAGAAUUCAAGCCAUCAAAUAAGGUAAGCAUUAAGUUUUUUUGGGCAGGACACUUAGAGAGAAUGCCAAAUAACUGAGGAGUGAAGAGGGUGAAUCACCAAUACCCCAGAGGAAAAAAAGGCUUAAGGGCAGACCUAGGCUUAGAUGGAUUCAUGAUGUGGUAAAGAUCUACAGCUUAAAAUCCAAGCAUGGAAAAGAAAAGCAUUAAUUAGGUCUGAGUGGAGGGAAGUAGUGAGGCAGGCCAAAGCCCUUCAUAGGCUGCAGUGCCACAGGGAUGGAUGGAUGGAUUAAGUUUUGUUAUGACCUCUAGCUUGUCUAAAUGUAAUGCCGAAUGUGGAGACAGAUGGACAAGUGUCCGGGGGGGGGGGGGCGGCUUUUAAACUUGGGGGGCCGGCUUUUAAAUGCAGUGCCACAGGGAUGGAUGGAUGGAUUAAGUUUUGUUAUGACCUCUAGCUUGUCUAAAUGUAAUGCCGAAUGUGGAGACAGAUGGACAAGUGUCCGGGGGGGGGGGGCAGCAUUUAAACUUGGGGUGCCAGCAUUUAAACUUGGGUUGCCAGCAUUUAAACUUGGGGUGCCAGCAUUUAAACUUGGGGUGCCAGCAUUUAAGCUUGGAUUGCCAGCAUUUAAACUUGGAUUGCCGGCAUUUAAACUUGGGGUGCCAGCAUUUAAACUUGGGGUACCAGCAUUUAAACUUGGGGUGCCAGCAUUUAAACUUUGGGUGCCAGCAUUUAAACUUGGGGUGCCAGCAUUUAAACUUGGGGUGCCAGCAUUUAAACUUGGUGUUUGAUAAAAACCAAGUUCAACAAUCAGCAGACUGAAGCCAUUAUUUCUUGUUAAGAGAAUAUUGACAGAUGCCAAUAUUUCUUGUCAAGACGAUAGUGACAGAUGUCAAUAUUUCUUGUCAAGACAAUAGUGACAGAUGAGGCUGUGACGAAGGAUGAAGCUCCCAGCCAGCAGUUGUCAGUUGAUGUGGUAGAACAAGCUGGUCAGAGAUUCAAUCAGUUUGGUCAGACGGCCAAUAUUGGUAAGUGCAGGCUAGGACACAAAGCAAUUGAUGUUGUUAAACUGUAGUCUUUGAUGAAACAUUUGAACAUGGGAUUAAGAAGAGCAUGUUGAAAUGUUAGCACUUGAUGUAUUUGUUCUUAAAUUGAUUAAAUCUGUUAAUAAAAGAGAUCAUUUAAGCUGGUAAUCUUCUUUUCUCAUUGAUCUGCCAGUGUUGAAUGCACUUGAGUUUGAAAAAGACGAUGACAGCAACGGUCAUAUAGAUUUCAUUACAUCAACAACAGUAAGUUUGUUAUUUAAUUACAAUUUUUAACUAGAUAUUAGUAAAUGAUAGUAAAUGUCCAUGCUUCUUCAAUCUUUGACUUUUUUCACAUUGUGUUCAAAUUUAUUAUUCAUAUUAUAUUAAUAGAGUGUCUCUACUGGUGAUUUAUCUCUUCAUUGUUGUAUCUGUUCAUUGAUUUAUCUGUUCAUUGAUUUGUCUUUUCAUUGCUCUAUCUGUUCAUUGAUUUGUCUUUUCAUUGUUGUAUCUCUUCAUUGCUGUAUCUGUUCAUUGAUGUAUCUUUUCUAUUGUGUAGAACCUUAGAGCCCAGAUGUACAGCAUCGCCAUAAGUGACCGAUUUAAAAUCAAGAAGAUUGCAGGCCGAAUAGUUCCCGCCAUCGCUACAACCACAGCGGCCGUGUCAGGUCUGGUUGCCCUGGAGAUGAUCAAAGUUCUGCACCGUUUACCUUUAGAGAAACUCAAAAACUGCUUCUUGAACUUGGCGCUGCCCAUGAUAUUAUUGUCUGAACCAGGGCCCGUUGCCAAAACAGUGCUGAGGUAAAUUUAUUAAUCAUGCAGAAAUUUUAUUCCUUCAGCAUUCAUUAGAUUUUGAGAUUUGAACUGAUAAAUGUUCCAGCACAGCAUAGACUUUAGGAAUGGGGCAAUGGACUUGAGUGUGUAAGAAAGGAACUGGAGGUUGUGUAUUUUUUUAUAUCAUCUUUUAAAAUAAUAAUUAUUUAAAUGUAUUAUGUUUUGACAGAGAAGGAUUGAGCAUUACAAUAUGGGACAAAUGGGAAAUCAAAGGUGCCAAGGAUUUCACAUUGCAAAAAUUUAUUGACCAGUGUAAGGUGAGCAUUAUACUUUUAUACUAUUCAUACUCAUGAUUCAUUAUAACUUUGCUAACUCAGUUUAGGUGUUAUCAUUGUGUGGUGGUCAUUACUGCCUCCAGUCAUCAAGGUGUUAGCAGAAAGUUCAUGGACCAAAACAAAUAGUAAACUUACACGCUUAUUUAACUGUCAUGGCUUCCAAAAUAGUCCCUUUGGGAAUGUCAACACAAAUCUGUCACGUGUCAAAAGCAUCGUAGAAGUCAUUUUCUCCAAGGCUGUUCAACAUCACCUGGCAUAAAAGUUAUAAUUCACAAUAUAGUUGGAACAAAAGAGAUCUGGUCUUUUUGUGAAUGUCUUCUCUCAGAGGACUCAAGUCAACAGAUAAAAGCCAUAAUUCACAAUAUAGUUGGAACAAAAGAGAUCUGGUCUUUUUGUGAAUGUCUUCUCUCAAAGGACUCAAGUCAACAGAUUAAAGUCAUAAUUCACAAUAUAGUUGGAACAAAAGAGAUCUGGUCUUUUUGUGAAUGUCUUCUCUCAAAGGACUCAAGUCAACAGAUUAAAGUCAUAAUUCACAAUAUAGUUGGAACAAAUUAUCAUUGAAAAGUAAAGUUGCACCUCUUAAUCUUUUCUAAAUAUUAUUCUUUUGUAAAUUGAAGAAAUUGAUACUUGAAUUUUUAUUCUUUUAGGUUCAGUUUGGAUUUGAGGCUAGUUCUAUAGUUCAAGGCGUCAAGAUCAUAUUUAUGCCAUUUAUGCCUGGGCACAUGAAGAAACUGCCGAUGUUGUAAGUUGUCAUUAGUGUUACUUAUAGUUCAAGGUGUCAAGAUAGAUUUAUGCCUGGACACAUGAAGAAACUGCCAAUGCUGUAAUUCAAUCCCUUUGCUUAACUCUAGAUAUUAUCGCCUACCCUUUUUUUACAAGUGAAAAUUGUGAUAAAAACUAAUUGUAGCUUACCAGAAAGGGAAGUAAAAUGCACUAAAUUUAUUCAAGUAAAAUAUUUAAGUUUAAGUUCAUUGACCUAUUUUAAUUGAUAUCCAGUUACACUACCUUGCAUGUCAUUUGUUUACUUAAUUCAUUGUGGCUAAUGAGAUGGCAGGUUACCAGCCAGGUUAAUGAAAUCAUUACCAUCAAAUCAGAGGUUGUAUUGUUGCAUAUUUAAUUUGGUUGUCAUUAAAUGUCCCAAAGGUCAAUAAAUUGAUCUAUUUUCAGAAUGACCACACUGCUAAAGUCUGUCCCUGACCAAAAAUAUGUUGACCUCGUGGUGUCUUUUGACGGUGAUAAUGGUGAUGAUGUUCCUGGUCCUCCAGUCAGAUACUUUUUCCAAUGAUGUGUAUAGCCUCAGUGUUGAAACUCUAGUCCCAUGAUGGCAUGACCAGGUCCAUUGGAGCAAAACUUGGACUAUAUGAACCAUGUGUUAUCAUGAACUGACAGGUUUCAUUAUUGUUCUUGGAUGCUACCCUUUAAACCUGCUUGCCUUGGAACUGCUGUGUGUUUGCAGGUCAAGUGUAGAGCCUAAGUACAGCAUUGCUGUUUUAUUUUCAUGAUCAUUCACAUAAAGACUUGGAUUUUUUCACCAAGUCAAGAUGAGUCUAUGUUUCAAGAAAGAAAAGAAAUUCCCCGCUUGUGUAGGAAAUAAUUAUUAGAUAUAUUUCAUGUAUAAUUGCGCUAGGAAUGAUUUUUCUAAAUUUGAUCAAAUUGUAUGUAACUAAAAGACUGGACAUUUUUUUCCCUUAAAAAAAAAAAAACACUCACUAAUUUGAUGUAACAACGGUAGCCUUGGAAACGGUAGCCUUGGUAACGGUAGCCUUGGUAAGGGUAGCCUUGGUAAGGGUAGCCUUGGUAAAAUGUAACUAAAAAAAUGAAAAUUUUUUUCCCUUAAAAAAAAAAAAACACUCACUAAUUUGAUGUAACAACGGUAGCCUUGGAAACGGUAGCCUUGGUAACGGUAGCCUUGGUAACGGUAGCCUUGGUAACGGUAGCCUUGGAAACGGUAGCCUUGGUAACGCUAGCCUUGGUAACGCUAGCCUUGGUAACGGUAGCCUUGGUAACGGUAGCCUUGGAAACGGUAGCCUUGGAAACGGUAGCCUUGGUAACGCUAGCCUUGGAAACGGUAGCCUUGGUAACGCUAGCCUUGGAAACGGUAGCCUUAGUCUAGUGUUAAUAUUUAUGUUAUCCUUUCAUUAGGAAACAUUUAGAAAUUGCAGUCUUCUGUAACUUUGUAACAGAGUCUUAGUGGUAGUCCUCUGUUACAGAGUCUUAGUGGUAGUCCUCUGUUACAGAGUCUUUUACUAGUUACUAAUGUGGUAGUUCUCUGUUACAGAUGUAACUGAGUCAUCUACUAAUGUAGUAGGUUGUCUCUGGAACUUUCAUCGUUAUGCCUGCAGCAUUCAUUGUUUUGUAUGUUUUAAAGUGUGGGAAUUUGUCGUAUCACCUGGUUCCAUCCAAUCAAAGAAAUGUUGAGAUGUGACAAUUUGGUGAUAUUUGAUGUUUUUGCAAUACAAUACCAUUUUGCUCCCAAGUUUCUUGGGCUAAACUCUAAAUAUAAAAAUUUGUUUUGAGCAAAAGAAAAGUAAGAAUAGUUCACAUAGAAAACAUUUGAAAUGAACAGUUUCAAUAAUUAUAAUUUAAUUCCUUUAUAUUUACUAUUUUAAUCUUUUUGUUUUAAAGUUUCCCUACAACAGUGUAAACAAAGUUGUCUCCAUUGUUUUUCAAUUUAUACACAACACUUGACAUAUUGUAGGUGUCAAUAACCAGGGUAUGUGAAACUACUAAUCAAGGCCAGUGUCUUGUUUUAGUGAAUGGUGCACCCCUGACUUGAAGGCUUAGAGUUGUGAGUGAAUGUCUGUAUGAAUGGUGCACCCCUGACUGGAAGGUGUAGUGGUGUUGGUGAAUGUCUGUGUGAAUUGUGCACCCCUGACUGGAAGGUAUAGUGGUGUUGGUGAAUGGUGCAUCCCUGACUGGAAGGUGUAGUGGUGUUGGUGAAUUUUGCAUCCCUGACUGGAAGGUGUAGUGGUAUUGGUGAAUGGUGCAUCCCUGACUGGGAGGUGUAGUGGUGUUGGUGAAUGUCUGUAAGAAUGGUGCAUCCCUGACUGGAAGGUGUAGUGGUGUUGGUGAAUGUCUGUAAGAAUGGUGCACCCCUGACUGGAAGGUGUAGUGGUGUUGGUGAAUGUCUGUAAGAAUGGUGCACCCCUGACUGGGAGGUGUAGUGGUGUUGGUGAA